UCUAACUGAAAGGACAACCACCUUUAACACGGACGUCUCCGGGACAUUUUCCAGGAUGGCACUUUCCAGCCUGCUUCUGAGCCUGGCUGCUCGGGCACUUACGUUUCUCUUCUUUCUGCUCGUCAUUGCGUUUCUUGGCUACUGCUUGUACAUUAAAUACAUUCAUAUGAAGUAUGACCACAUCCCCGGGCCGCCGAGGGACAGUUUUUUCUUUGGACACUCAUCAACGAUGUUGAAGGCGAUGAAAAAUGACGGAAUUAUACACGACAAAUUUCUGGAGUGGGCCGAGAAGUAUGGACCUGUUUACAGGAUAAAUGUGCUUCACUCCGUUUCACUGUGUACGUACUGUCCAGAGGCCACCAAGGAAAUCCUGAUGUCCCCAAAAUACCCCAAAGAUAAGUUUGCCUAUAAAAGACUCUUCAACCUGUUUGGUCAAAGGUUCUUUGGAAAUGGGCUGGUAACAGCACGGGAUCAUGAGCAGUGGUACAAACAGCGACGCAUCAUGGACCCUGCGUUCAGCAGCCUGUAUCUGAGAGGUCUAAUGGGAACCUUCAAUGAGAGGGCAGAGAAACUGAUGGAUAAACUUGCAGAGCUUGCUGACAGUAAAACAGAAGCUAAUAUGCUCCAUCUUGUCAACUGUGUCACCCUGGAUGUUAUUAGUAAGGUUGCCUUUGGGGUGGACAUGGACCUCUUGAAGAAUAGUUCACCUUUCCCUAAAGCCAUUGAGACAUGUCUGAAAGGAAUGGUUACCUAUCUUAGAGACAGAUUUUUUGAGUACAAUCCAAAGAACAGAGGAUACGUUAAUGAGGUGAGGGAAGCGUGCCGCCUGCUCCGUACAACUGGAGCCAAGUGGAUCAGUGAGAGAAAGACCGCCAUGCAAAACGGUGACGAGGUCCCCAAAGACAUCCUGACACAAAUCAUCAAAACUGCAAGCCAAGAGGAAAACAUGACUGAAGAAGAUGAAGAAUUUAUGCUGGACAAUUUUGUGACAUUUUUCAUUGCAGGCCAAGAAACAACAGCCAAUCAACUGGCUUUUUGCAUCAUGGAGCUUGGAAGACAUCCUGAAAUACUGGAGAAAGCGAAGAAAGAGGUCGAUGAUGUCAUUGGGAUGAAACGUGACAUAAGUUAUGACAACUUAGGAGAGCUGGUCUACCUGUCACAGGUGCUGAAAGAGACUCUGAGAAUUUACCCCACAGCUCCGGGCACAUCUCGUGAUGUUGCUGAAGACAUGGUGAUUGAUGGUAUCCACAUACCUGGAGGAUUCAGUGUUUUUUUCAGCUUCUAUGUGAGUGGGAGACUGGAGAAAUUCUUCAAGGAUCCACUGAGAUUUGAUCCAGACAGAUUUCACCCAGAUGCUCCCAAGCCUUAUUACUGCUACUACCCCUUUGCCCUCGGUCCUCGCUCGUGCCUGGGACAGAACUUUGCUCAGAUGGAGGCUAAAGUGGUGAUGGCCAAACUGCUCCAGAGGUUUGACUUCACUCUUGUCCCGGGACAGACCUUUGACAUCCUGGAUGCUGGCACACUCAGACCAAAGAGUGGAGUGUUGUGCACUUUGAGUCACAGGGAUUACAAAAAUAAGACAACUUAUGGUCAUAGUAGACCAUAG